AUGAAGUGCCUAGCAAUUCUCUUCUCUCUUGUGGCUUUUUCUGAAAGUUUUGUUCAAGUUCCCAUUUGGAAAGGAGAGAAACUUAGAGAUACUCUUAGUCAGAAACAUUUGCUAGAAAAUCUUCUACAGAAACAUCAUUAUGACAUUAGUACUAAGUACACCAAGUAUUCUCCAGCUGUUUUCAAUCCCGCUCAACUGGCUGAUGAACCACUCUUGAACUACUUGGAUGUCCAGUACUAUGGAAAAAUCUACAUUGGAACACCACCGCAGGAAUUCACUGUUGUGUUUGACACUGGAUCAUCAAAUCUCUGGGUACCAUCUAUUUUCUGCAAAAGUCCAGCAUGCAAAAACCAUCAACAAUUUAACCCAAACCUUUCUUCUACUUUCAAGAAGACAAAACAAUCUAUGGCCAUUUGGUAUGGCACAGGAAGCAUGAAAGGCAUGCUAGGAUAUGACACAGUGCAGUCUGUAAUCAACUGCAGCAAUCCCUCCAACCUUCCUGAUAUUGUUUUUGUGAUCAAUGGAAUCCACUAUCCACUGCCGCCAGCAGCUUAUACUCGCAAGUUUAUGUCAGACCUUUGCAGCACUACUUUCCAACCAUCUAAUGGGGAUCUCUGGAUUCUAGGAGAUGUGUUCAUAAGAGAGUACUACAGCAUUUUUGACAGAGGCAACAAUCGAGUUGGGCUGGCAAAGGCAAUCUAA